CGGAGCCGAGCUGCGUUUGCCGCACGUUGUGCGACGUAUUGUCGUACAGAGGUUUAGUCCCCGUAGCGGCUAAUGCUACAUUCUUAGAGCAAAAAGUGUCAUUUGGUACAGAAGAAAGCCAUGCUGUCUUCAGGCGGCAAAUCGGACGUUAUUUUUGAGGAAGAUGACCUUCCGUACGAGGAGGAGAUCAUCCGCAAUCCCUACUCGGUGAAGUGCUGGAUGCGCUACAUUGAACACAAACAGAACGGCGCCAAAUCGGUCCUGAAUUUAAUCUACGAGCGGGCGCUGAAGGAGCUGCCCGGCAGCUAUAAACUGUGGUAUAAUUAUCUGAGGGAGAGGAGGAAGCAGGUGAAGGGGAAGUGCAUCACCGAGCCUGUAUACGAGGAGGUCAACAACUGUCACGAGAGAGCGCUGGUCUUCAUGCACAAGAUGCCCCGUAUCUGGCUGGACUACUGCCAGUUCUUGGUGUUGCAGUGUAAAAUCACGCGCAGUCGGCGUACAUUCGACCGUGCCUUGCGAGCCCUUCCCAUCACGCAGCACACCCGCGUGUGGCCUCUCUACCUGCAGUUUGCCCGCAACCUCCCGCUGCCCGAAACGGCCAUCCGCAUCUACCGCCGCUACCUCAAGCUGUCCCCCGAGAAUGCGGAGGAGUAUAUCGACUACCUGCGGUCCAUCGGUCGGCUGGAUGAGGCAGCCAUCAGGCUCGCGGCCGUCGUCAAUGACGACAGCUUCAUCUCCAAGGAGGGCAAGUCCAACUACCAGCUGUGGCACGAGCUUUGCGACCUCAUGUCUCAGAACCCCGACAAGGUGAAGUCCCUGAACGUGGGCGCCAUCAUCCGGGGCGGCCUCACCCGCUUCACCGACCAGCUGGGCAAACUCUGGUGCUCCCUGGCAGACUAUUACAUUCGCAGCGGGCACUUCGAGAAGGCCCGCGAUGUGUACGAGGAGGCCAUCCAGACUGUGGUCACUGUGCGGGACUUCACCCAGGUUUUCGACAGCUAUGCGCAGUUUGAGGAGAGCAUGAUCGCGGCCAAUAUGGAGACCACCUCGGAGAUGGGCUCGAAUGACGACGAGGACGUAGACCUGGAGCUGCGCCUGGCCCGCUUUGAGACGCUCAUCACACGGCGCCCCCUGUUGCUGAACAGCGUGCUGUUGCGGCAGAAUCCGCACAACGUGCACGAGUGGCACAAGAGGGUGAAGCUGUAUGAGGGGAAGCCACACCAGAUCAUCAACACGUACACGGAGGCCGUGCAGACCGUGGACCCCAUGAAGGCCACGGGGAAACCCCAUUCCCUCUGGGUCGCCUUUGCCAGGUUCUACGAGGAGAAUGAGCAGCUGGAUGAUGCACGGACGAUCUUCGAGAAGGCCACCAAGGUGAACUACAAGCAGGUGGACGACUUGGCGAGCGUGUGGUGCGAGUGCGGCGAGAUGGAGUUGCGGCACGAGAACUACGACCAGGCCCUGAGGAUCCUGAGGAAAGCCACUGCCAUCCCGUCGAGAAAGGCGGAGUACUUUGACUCCUCAGAACCGGUCCAGAACCGCGUCUACAAGUCCCUGAAGGUCUGGUCGAUGCUGGCUGACCUGGAGGAGAGCCUGGGCACCUUUCAGUCCACGAAGGCAGUGUACGACCGCAUCAUCGAUCUACGCAUCGCCACGCCCCAGAUCAUCAUCAACUACGCCAUGUUCCUGGAGGAGCACAGCUACUUUGAGGACAGCUUCAAGGCCUACGAGCGGGGCAUCGCCCUCUUCCGCUGGCCCAACGUGUACGACAUCUGGAACACCUACCUCACCAAGUUCACCGACCGCUACGGCGGUAAGAAGCUGGAGAGGGCGAGGGACCUGUUUGAGCAGGCUCUGGAUGGCUGCCCGCCCAAAUAUGCCAAGACGAUCUACCUGCUGUACGCCAAGCUGGAGGAGGAGUACGGGCUGGCGCGGCAUGCCAUGGCCGUGUACGAGAGAGCCACACAGGCCGUGGAGACCUUUGAGCAGCACCACAUGUUCAACAUCUACAUCAAGCGUGCGGCCGAGAUCUAUGGGGUAACGCACACCAGGAGCAUCUACCAGAAAGCCAUUGAGGUCCUGCCCGACGAGCACGCCAGAGAAAUGUGCCUCCGGUUUGCCGACAUGGAGAGUAAGCUGGGUGAGAUUGACCGUGGCAGGGCCAUCUACUCCUACUGCUCGCAGAUCUGCGACCCCCGGAUGACGCCCACGUUCUGGCAGACGUGGAAGGACUUCGAGAUCCGGCACGGGAACGAGGACACGAUCCGGGAGAUGCUGAGGAUCAAGCGCAGCGUUCAGGCCACGUACAACACGCAGGUCAACUUCAUGUCCUCCCAGAUGCUCAAGGCUACCGCCAAUGCUACAGGCACAGUGUCAGACCUCGCCCCUGGACAGAGCGGUGUGGACGACAUGAAGAUGCUGGAGCAGAAAGCCCUGCAGCUGGCGGCCGAGGCUGAGCAGGACAAGCCCAAACCCAAAGACAAAAUCCUCUUUGUCAGAAGCGACACAUCGCGGAGCGAGCUGGCAGAACUCGCCAAACAAGCUAACCCCGACGAAAUUGACAUCGAUGAUGAGGACGAGGAUGGAGGCGACGAAGGUGACGAGCCAGACGAAGUGCAGCUGGAGCAGAAGACUGUGCCCACCGCUGUGUUCGGCGGACUCAAGGAGGACUGAAAAGUCGCGUGCUGAUGACGUCACAGUGCCCAUUCCUCCUGAGUUCAGCUUUGCAGGCUCUCAUACAAAGACCUACCACCUGCUACAUGGUUAUGUAAUCCGGUUCUGAUGUGGGGAAAACCGGUAAUGGUUGAAUGGGAACAAAUGGCUUAACUGUGAUAUGGGAAAUUAUAUGGUCGGAUAUUUCUUUAUUUUGUAAUUUGUAAUAUAACUGCGUUUAGAGGCAGUAUGGUGAAUAAAGACCUUUUUCUAAGAUGA